AUGUGGAUUGAAGAACUGCAAAGUCCAAGCUUGACUUUUGGAAUACAUUGUGUUUUUUCCCUCUCCCUGUGUCAGAAUUUAGUAUCAUUUGAGGAUGUAGCUGUGUUUUUCUCCGUGGAGGAGUGGGCCCUGCUGGAUUCUGAGCAAAAAGCCUUAUACCAAGAUGUCAUGCUGGAAAACAAGAGGAACAUGGCCUCCUUAGGACAAGAUACUGUACUUUUCCAUCAACUCUUUCUUAGGCUAGAAGUGUCUUCCCAACAAAACUUCAUUCCAGCUCAACAUGGAGGUAAGAAACAAAGAGAAUGUAUCAAUUUGGACUUGAAAAUGAAAAUAAUUAAAGCCCAUGAGGAGGGGAAGAAGGUAAAGACCAUAGGAGAAGAAGAAGGCCUGGCCUGUUCCACUGUUUCCACAAUCCUUAAGGAUAAAGAAAAGAUAAAAGCAAUUAAAUCACAUAUAUUUCUUCCAACAUGUGAAUCACUGCAGUUCUUAACAGUAACAUGGUUGUUAAAGAAAUCUGGUGUAGUAAGAUACCAGAAAGACAUAACCAAAAAGCAUAUCCUAGAAGUUAAUAAACAUACGGGCAAGAGCCAUAGUCAGGAGAAAACCAUACAUGUAGGAAAACCACUAGGAAUAACAAAGACAUAGAAUCUAAUCUAAGGCAAGACAAACAUCAUAACCAUUUACAUAAAGUUGACACCUACUCUCAAGCACCCGCACAGGAAACAACCUUCCUCCCCUUUGUGGCAGGAUGAACCCCAAGGACAAGACACCUAGGAAACAGAAUCAGAAGACAAGAAUCAGAGACAAUCAGAAUCAGAAACAGAAUCAGAGCAAUCAUCCAGAAUAAAUAAAUCUUUGUAAAUCAGAAACUUACACAAAAGCCUCAAAAGAAAAAAAGGGAAAACCAAUGCAUGUACUGUGUGCUGCAGACUCUGAGCUGCGUCUGGUCCUUCCCGUUUUUCUUUCCUCAAUAAAACUCAUAACUUCCAGGCAGCUGUCUUCACAAAACUUUCUUUUAGCGUCGGUGGUGACUCCCAGCUGGAAUGGACCGGGACAUUUCUUCCAACACUGGCUUCCCCAUUGACUUUGCUUGUCCAAAGCUUCACUUGACCCUGAGACACGGCAACCGUCGUAAUUAUGAAUCAGUGGCCAAGCAGCUGAAUUUGGAUCACAUGACCAUGGGGAUUCUGCAACGGUCUGUGGGAAGU